UUGUCAUAAUAUUUUGCCCUUGUUACAUUAAAGCUUUUUAAUUUUUCAUUCCAUUCAUUCGGUUCAGAAGAUAAUUUUCAUUGUGACGAUUAUUUACCGGAGGAAAAUCAUAAAUUCCGGCCAUUUAACCAGUUGCUUCAGUCAAAGGCUUAAUAAUAAAAUAAUUUAGCAAAAUAAAAUGACCAGCGAGAUAACAAUGGAUUAUAUGGACGUUGUUUGUAAUGGAAAGUCAGCCAAUUCAACAUCAAAAAUAAAUGUUUUGAAAAAAGAACCAAUCAAUAAAGCUACGUCAAAUAUGAAUUGGCUUAUCUACACCAUGUACGCUCGCCAAGAAUACCAAUUUUGCAAAGAGAUUAUCGCACAGCAGCUGGAAGAAAACUAUGACCAAGAAUAUCUAUUUUUCAUUAAAGGACUCAUCGCACGUAUCGAAGGAGAACUACAAGAAUCGUUAAGAUGCUUACAAAAGACAAUCGAACUGAAUCCGAUGAAUUAUGAAAAUUUUAAGGAAAUAGGAAAAACAUUGUUUUUGUUAGGACGUUGGAGGCAAGCCCUAGACGUUUUUGUAAAGGCUGAAUCUCUUCUUCAACGAGCUGAUGCUGAGGUAUAUUACUAUAUUGGUGACUUACUAUGUCGUAAUGCCACCCACCCACGUUCCAACAUCAACGAGGCAAAAGAGUAUUUCCAUCGUGCCAUUCAAAAUGGUAGACAAAUUGAAAGCCAUCAGAAGCUAGCUCUUAUCUACAAAGAGGAAAAUAAUUUCGCAAAGGCGAUUGAAAUUCUGGAGCACAGUUUACAGAUAAUACCGGAAAAUGUGGAUGUGCUAACUGAAAUCGGAAUAUUGUAUUUGAAAGUAAACGACACUAAGAGCGCAUUCGAGAAGUUGUUUCAAGCAACAAAGUUGGAUGAAAAUUGCACCAAGGCAAUUAUGGCACUAGGAGCUAUACUGCAGUCCAAAAAUGACAUUGAUGGGGCGCUUAAUAAGUAUAAAUUGGUAAAUACAUCUACGGACGACAGUGCUGAGAUAUGGAACAACAUUGGAUUGUGCUUCUUCAAAAAGAAGAAAUUUAUAGCGGCAAUAUCAUGUUUAAAAAAGUCUACUUGGACGUCACCUCUAAACUUCAGCGUCCUAUACAAUCUUGGGCUAGUCUGCCUCACGGCCAAACAAUAUGCAAGUGCGUAUCAGUGUUUAUCGGCUGCGAUAAACCUUCGUCCAAAUUAUGCUGAAUGUUAUAUGCUACUUGGAGUUUGUUUCAAGAAUUUGAACGACAUGGACAACGCAUAUUUGGCGUUUGAAAGGGCGGCAAUGUUACCAGAAGCUAUAAAAAAUCCGCUAAUUUACUUAAACUUUGCAAUCCAUUGCUACGAAACGGGACGGAUCGAGCAGGCUCAGUUAAAUUUAAGUAAUUUUGCUAAAAUGACCGAACAAACGAAUAUGAGAAUGGAGAUUGGAAAAGCAUAUCAAAGGCUAAGGACUGAAUUGUCCAAUUAUGAUGAUGCAGCUCGUGGAAGUCCAGAAGAAGACACUACCAAUGAUUUGGAGAACCAAGAGAAUCAAAAUGAAGAGGAACACUUUCAAGAGAAUUUGGUUUAAAUUCGAACACAACUUACAGUUAGAUUUGAAUAAUUAAAGAAACGUUGUAC